AUGCCGAGUACACCGAACCCACGUUCAGCCAGGAAAACUCCCGCAAGGGUCUCCACACCUCCAUCGCACCCGUCGCGUGAAGGUCCCCCCACCUCUGAUCGUCCAAGCGAAGGAGGGAAGUCGGUCACGAGUCUUGCAAAACUGGAGCUUGACGCCAAAAUACUGCAAACGCUCCCAUCUCCGGACCUUGUCCACUGGGUGGAAUUUCCACCCGCCACAAAAGGCAAACCCGACAGGAAAGGGUGUCACGUUGCCUACCAGUCUGAACCAGACGGAAAAAAAAGCAAAAUCUACGCUAUAUUGACUUCUACAAAUCGCGCCGAUGAAGUGAGCUACUUCAAAGUCGAUCUGGCAGAUGGAGGCUUCGUUACAACCGACAAGAUUGACAACCUGCAUGUUCUGCAUUUGACUUGGCCAUGGCCAUUCAACAAGAAGAAGGCAUCAUCGAAGUCCAGCCAAACACAUGACAAAUCGCUCAGGGACUUUUGCAACACUAUCGUCAGGCAGUUGGCGUUGAACUGCAAGGUCACAGAAAUUUCCCGUUAUUCCGAUAAGUCGAGGAAGACACACGAGAAGAAAAUACGCAAGAUCGUAGACGAUAUCUCGGAUGAGGAAGCCGAGCAAGGUGACACGAAUUGGCGAGACUUUUUCGAAGAUUCUCUUGAGGGAAACAAUCAGGAAGAAAGCAGUGGCACCAGUGCCAGAAAAGAACUGGAAUCAAGUCAGGAAUCCAAUGCAGAAGACAAGGUGCCAUCUAUUUGGGAUUCGUAUCGCAUUCCAACUGCAUACCAGUCCAUGGAGUUAGCGGACAUCGGCAAAAAGAUGAGAAGGGUGAUGAUUCUCAAAGCCUUUAUUGAGUGGGAGUGGAAGAUUGAAGAGUCCCCAAAAAUCCGCUGGCCAUUACAACCCUCAGAACAGCGCGACCAACUCUGCGACCGCUUCAUCGCCUAUGCCAUCCAGAAUCCUGAAACAAGCUUAGACAUGAUUGGUUUCAGAUGGCUUGAAGAGACAAGCACUCACCUGCAUUCAACCGGCAUCACCAUGGACAUCAAAGCUACUCUCAAAGAAAAAAAAAACUCCAUGCAAACCAAGAAAAAGAAGACGUCGAUCUCGAGAGCUUACCGAUUGUCGACAUAA